GUUGAGGAGGUAUUCAAGAGGACUCUUUGUGGAUGAGUAGACUGGUUGUUAUUCCAUACAUGUCACAGGGCUCUAGUCACCUUUCAACUAUUGAGAUAUAUAUCCCAGCCGGUCAUGCUGUUGUAAUUUAGGCAACCCCUUCUUCACUAAUUGCUACCUGUAUUCGUCUGCUCUCAGCUCCAUGUCUGCCAAGCUGAAGUAAGGGAGCAUUGUAUCCGAUUCCAAGAGAUGCAGCACCUCCAGUCUGCUUCUCUGACAUCGUGGAAUCGCAGAAACUCGCUGAUGUCCACCACCCGGAUGAUCGGGACGGCCCUCCAGUUCCCCACAGCAGCUUCGCUCCCGUCCCGAACAUCCUGGUGGAUGACACUUGUGCCUGUUUGCGGGUCGUUAACACAGACCCUGCUUGUUAGUAAGAGUUACAGUGCAGCGAGCUAAGUAGGCUAACUGGGAGCCUCUCAUGCCUCGUCCCGGGAAGCCGACGCCGUGCGGUUCAAACCUCUUAAGACGGUGAAGUUCACAUAGAACAGCAACUUGUCGACAGCUUCACUUUGGACUUGUCUCUACAUACCAGCCUCCCAACACAAUUCCUUGGUACAAGCAGGCAGCCCCCACAGUCCCCCCGAAGCACGUUUGUGUCCUAGCGACCUUGGCAAGAAGCUCCCCCGCAUUGUUAAGCGCGUCACCACUAAAACGGGAAACUAGCCCGCCAUGUUGUAAGAUAAGCAAGAGCUCGGAGAGAGAGCCAAUAACGAAGACAUCGCGGUUCAUGGCAAUUGGCAAGCACCACAGGCCAGCGUCACGAAUCACGUCGUUCUUAUCACUUGCCCUGCCCAGCCGUCGUAGCUGCACAAUGGCUGAUGUUUUCCCUCAGUGUCCUCCCGCCCCCACCAAGAUAUCCCUCUCAGCCAGGAGGGGGAUACAACGGCAUCUCGGCAACUGGCGGCGUCUUACCAAUGAUUGAGACGAACAAUAUUCUCACCACCCCGACGGGGCCCGAAUAUCAGUUUCUCGUCGGCGAGGGUCUCUACGUCUUGAAAGAGGACCUGCAUCUCGCGACACCGCCACCGCAUCCAUCCGAGGCUCCCAUUCAGAACCCGAAUCCCCUCUCAACGGCACCUCAGCCUGCCACAGCCGGGACCCAGCUCUCCCUCAUCAACAUCGACGUCGGCCCGCUACCGCCUUCCUUUUACCGGUCCAACUCCCGCUCCGACGGCAUCUCAGGCAGCAUCCAAGAGCACCCCGACGAGCGAAGCCAGUCCUCCACCGAAGUCCGCGAGAGCACCAGCGACGGAGGCCGUCUCAACUCUAGCGAUGGCGGAGGCGGUCACUUUUGCUCCCACGCUCCCGCCUUUGGCGAGGGCAACACCCUCCUCACCCCUACCCCAACCAAAGACUCCAACAAGCGCAGGAAACCAAAGAACAACAUGACGAAAAGCAACUCGUCGUUCAUCUCGAGGGUGAUCAACCACGAGACCCUGAGCAAGAAGCUCCAGGAGAGAGCCAGGGACGGGAUGUUUGCCUUUGCCAAUGUGAAUAGGGCUUUUCAGUGGCUGGACUUGUCGUCCCCGACCAAGACGGAGUAUCUGACCAAGAUUUUGUUUACAAAGGCGCAUUGCUUGUCUCAUGAUGUGAACAGAGUGACCAAGAGCGCCGCGCAUGUUGAUGUGGUGAUGGGAUUUUCGACGGGGGAGAUUAUUUGGUGGGAGCCCAUCUCUCAGCGGUAUACGAGGUUGAACAAAAACGGGAUAAUCAACUCGACCCCCGUCUCCUGCAUAGCAUGGAUUCCCAAUUCGGAGAACUUGUUUCUGGCAGCUCACAUGGACGGCACCCUCAUCGUUUACGACAAGGAAAAAGAAGACGCCAUCUUCUCCCCCGAAGAUGAGGGCACCCCUCUCUCCUCACCUUCAACGGCCGUCCGAUCAAGCAGCGAUGCUCCUCCCUUGCCCCGGCCCACCUCCUCAACCUCGUCAUCAAACAACAAGACCACCACCAGCAGCGCUAUUCACAAAAUCCACAUCCAAAAGUCUGUGCAUUCCAGAAACCAAAAAGUGAACCCGGUGAGCGUCUGGAAACUUUCCAACCAGCGCAUCAACGCCUUUGCCUUCAGUCCAGACAACCGCCACCUGGCGGUAGUAUCAGAAGAUGGCUCCCUCCGGAUAAUUGAUUAUCUGUCCGAAACACUGCUGGACCUGUUUUACUCGUACUAUGGUGGUCUGACAUGUGUGACGUGGAGCCCGGACGGGAGGUAUGUGCUCACGGGGGGGCAGGACGAUUUGGUGAGCAUCUGGUCUCCUGGUGUGGACGGGACGACGCAAGGGCAUUUGGUGGCAAGGUGUCAGGGGCAUCACAGCUGGGUGACAGGGGUGAAGUUUGAUUUGUGGAGGUGCGAUCUUGACGAGACGACGACGGGGGCGGGGAGGAAUUACAGGUUUGGGAGUGUGGGGGAGGAUGGGAGGGUUUGCUUGUGGGAUUUUAGCUUGGGGAUGUUGAUUCGGCCUAGGGUGGGGAGCACGACGCAUGGGGUUGUUGGGGGGAGGCCGCUGGGGGAAGGUAGUAGUAGGGGGAGGAGCAAUUCGGGGUUGUCGGGGGGGGACACCGUUAGGGAGGGGGGGGUGAAUGGGGAUGGGGAGGGGGAUAGGGGGAAGGGCGGGGGGUUGAGGAAGGGGGAGGUGAGGCCUAGGGCGGUUGAGCCGAGGGCUGGUACGGCGGUUUUGCCGCCUGUUUUGAGCAAAAUUAUUGAUGACGAUCCGCUUUGCUGGUUGGAGUUUACGAGAGAUGCGAUUAUCACCAGCUGCAAGUCCGGGCACAUCAGGACCUGGAGUAGGCCGGCCGAGUUGACGCCUUUGGGGGAGCAGGAGAACAAGGUUGAGUGA